CUUGAGCAUUCUGUUCAUAUUCUUGGGAGUAUCUCAAAGUCAUCCAACUGAACCUGAGUUGAGUGUCAUUGAUCUUUUAGCUUCCAUGCUUAUGCAAAAUAAUGCACACAGUGAUGCUCUUCAGCAUAUUGAGCGUGCACAGUUCGUAUCUUGUUCCAAAAAAGAGCUGCCUUUGGAAAUGAAAGUUAAAGAAGGAAUCUGCCAUGCUUACCUUGGGAAUUCGGAGAAGGCAGAAAUGCUCUUUAGUGCUCUUGAACAAAAAAGUGCAGAUCAUGCUGAGUUGAUUACUGAACUUGCAGAUUCAUUCAUGAGUCUGGAGCAAUAUAGUUCUGCAUUGAAGUAUUAUUUGAUGCUGAAAGGAACCACAGACUCUAAUAAUGGUUUUUUACAUAUAAAAAUGGCUCGAUGCUAUCUAUCCUUGAAUGACAGAGUACAAGCAAUUUCAUGCUUCUACUUAGCUCUGAAGGCACUCGAAAACAAUAUUGAUGCGCGAUUGACAUUAGCUUCUCUUCUUCUUGAAGAAGCCAGAGAAGAGGAUGCCAUUUUGCUGCUAUCUCCUCUUGACAAUAUUAGUUGUUCUGACCUCCAAACUGAUAAAUCAGAACCAUGGUGGUGCAAUGGAAAGGUGAAACUGAAGCUUUGCCAUAUUUACAGGGCUAAAGGGAUGCACAAGGAAUUUGUGGAUACAAUCUAUUCUCUUGUGCGUGAGGCAUUAUGUAUCGAAGUACUUCAGCAAAAGGUGAGAGUGAAAAAGAGGCUCACAAAAAGUGUGCUGCUAGAAAGAGUUAAAGUUCUGAAUAAGCACCAAAUGGAUAAUCUACUUUGUGGAUCUAUAUCAGUAACUCCGGCAUCAGAUAUGAGCAGAGCUAACAGAGCGAAGAAGCUGCUCGAGAAAAAGGCGAAAGUUAAGGAAGAAAAGAGAGCAAAGGCGAUGGCUGCUGGAGCUGACUGGCAAAGUGAUGAUUCAGAUGAAGAUCCUCCAGAAGAAAUACAUAAAGAAUCUCCCCUCCCAGAUCUUCUCAAGGAUAAAGAUAAUUAUGACCUCAUAAUAGAUUUGUGCAAGUCACUGGCUUCCUUGCAUAGAUAUUGCGAAGCAUUGGAGAUUAUAAAUCUUGCUUUGAAGGUGACUCGCAACAUAUCUUCUGUUGCUGAGGAACUCCGGUCUCUUGGAGCGCAAAUAGCAUACAACACUCCGGAUCCUGAGCAUGGGCUUGACUGUGUAAAAUACAUUGCAGACCAGCAUCCGUACAGCUAUGCUGCCUGGAAUUGCUAUUACAAAGUCAUUACCAGAUUCGAUGACUGGUAUGCGAGGCAUUUUAAGUUUCUACGUGGUAAGCGGGACAAACUCAAAGACUGUGCAGCUCCGAUGAUCAUUUCAGGGCAUCACUUGACAAGAAAAAGUCGUCAUCAAGAUGCUGCCAGAGAAUAUCUUGAAGCUUAUAAGUUAUUGCCAGAGAAUGCCUUAAUCAAUCUAUGUGUUGGUACUGCCUUAAUCAACUUAGCACUGGGACUCAGGCUUCAGAACAAGCACCAGUCUGUUGCACAAGGUUUAGCAUUCCUCUACAACAACUUGCGACUUUGUGAAAACAGCCAGGAGGCUUUGUACAACCUAGCCAGGGCCUUCCACCACAUUGGCCUUGUGACUCUGGCAACUGUGUAUUAUCAACAUGUUCUAGCAAUUCGUCAGAAGGACUGCCCUCUCCCUAAACCUCCUCAUGAGAACCAAGAGUCCGCUGAGAAUCUAUUACCAGGUUACUGUGACCUUCGGAGAGAAGCAGCUUUCAAUUUGCAUCUUAUCUACAAAAAGAGUGGAGCAGUGGAUCUUGCACGAAUGGUCCUUAGAGAUCACUGCACCUUCUGAAAGAUAAUGAUCAUAUUCUUAGAUAGUUUGACUGGAUUGAAUGAGAGGAGGCGUCCUGCUUCAUUUCUCUGGUUGGCUUGAAAAUACUGAUUACUAUUCCAUGAGAAUAGAGGUCGGUGAUUUGUCAAAUGUUCACCAACGUAGCUUAAA